AUACACCCACACAAGAAGCAUAUCCUAUAUACAUACACAUAUAUCCCCUGCAAGUAUGUCGCAAAGGAAAGUUCUACUCAAGGUGAUCAUCCUCGGCAAUAGCGGGGUGGGAAAGACCGCCAUUAUGAACAGAUAUAUAAAUAAGAAGUUUAAUCCCGUAUAUAAGGCCACGAUUGGUGCCGAUUUUCUAACGAAAGAAGUAAACAUCGACGGACAAGCGAUAACACUUCAGAUUUGGGACACAGCAGGGCAAGAAAGGUUUCAGAGUUUGGGCGUGGCUUUCUACAGAGGAGCCGACUGUUGUAUAUUGGUGUACGAUGUCACGGUGGCCGCGACUUUCGAUAGUCUCUCGAUGUGGAAGGAAGAGUUCUUAGCACAAGCUGGCAUCCAGGAUGACGGAACCUUCCCCAUAUAUAUCCUCGGCAAUAAGUCAGACUUGCCAGAUCACCAGGUCACGGAAGAAGACUACAUGGACUGGUCACAGGAAAACGGUAAUCUGCCACACUUUAUUACCAGUGCGAAAGACGAUGUGAACGUACAAAAGGCCUUCGAAGCUAUUGCGAAGUCUGCGUUAGAACAGGAAUUGGAUAUGCCCCUUCCCCCAACAAAUGAGUACCCGAGUGUAAGGCUGGAUACACGUGAAGAGAAGAAAGAUGGAUGUGGAUGCUAAAUAUAUUUAUAUAAAUAUCUGCCAGUGUCUUUCUUCGAGUUUUAACGAGAUAGACUAGUCUCUGAGACCAAUAAAAGGAUUUGACACAAA